AUGCCACGUGAUCUUCCAUCCAACCUCUCAGCCCCAUUCGUUCCGCCAUCCCUAGCUCACCACUCCAUCACUCUCGCCAACUGGUCAAUAACCACGCAUGCCAGACUCGUUGUCGGCGCCCUGGUCUUUAGACGUCACGCUCCUUCUUGCCCACCACAAAUCCUCCUUGUCAAGCGCGCAUCUACCGAUUCCUUUCCCAACUUCUGGGAGGUGCCAGGAGGAAGUGUCGACAGCAGCGACAAGACGCUGCUAGACGCCGUGGUAAGAGAGGUAUGGGAGGAGACUGGAUUGCUUGUCAAGGGUUUUGUACAACAGGUGUGGGACGCGAACGAGGGGUCGAUAGAGGUGGAGUUUUUGGGCAGGCGAGGGGAGAGGUGGUGUAAGUUGAAUUUUAUAGUGGAGGUAGAGGAUGGGGAGGUGACGUUAGAUGCUGAGGAGCAUCAGGAUUGGGGGUGGUUUGAGAAGGGGGAGAUAGAAGGUUUAGAUUUCGUGAGUAAACAAGGGAUUGAGAUUGUCAUGAAUGGGUUUAGGGCGUUUGAGGCGCGGAAGUGA